UAGAAAUAUAGGUGUCGCUAUACUCUACCGGCGGAAAUAUUCAGCGAAAGCAGACGAAAAAUUGUUUGGUGAAUUGCUCUAUCUAUAAGAAAUAUACUGGUCAAAAGAUAAAACUAAGCCAAUAACGUAUUUAUUACUACCUGAAAUGUAAGAUUGACCUGGUGAAAGGAGAAGGAGAAUGAGAAAGUAAGGAUUUUUGGAAUAAAAGUAUCUACUCCUCUCGUUUUCUUUUGGUUUUAGUCAAGUUGGCAAUACUCUUGAGACACGAAAGGUGCAAGGUGAUUUCGGGAUAGAAGAAUUAGAAAAGGCUGAGAAAGUGAAAGGGAUAUAAUUUGGAUUUCUUUUUAUCUGUUUCAGUAUUUGCGGCAUGGGAACAUAUACUUAUUUAAAUCCUAUUUAUUGGUUAGUAAUCACUUUCUCAGUCAUUCUGCAGAUAGUUCGAGGCGAAAUAUCGAAUUCAACUGAGAAUUCGAAUUAUACAAAGACUCUACUGGACGCCAAACCAACAAUAUCAAAGGCAAAAACCAAGUUAAACCACGAUAAAGAAGGAGAAGGAGAUAAAAAUUCUUUACUUUUGAGCACCAUCACUGUCCAGAAUUCGACAUAUGGAGAUUACGGAGUCUUAACGAAAGACUACUCUGGUUUCCCAGUUACACUCGGUAUAAUUAUCGGAGCGUCAAUCGGUGUGGUAAUUAUUCUCCUCAUUACCUCGGCUUGCGUUUUCUGGUGCUCAAAUAGGAAAUCUCCCAGGGAAAAAUCUGGUACUGAGUUUACGGAUAAUGAACACUUGAGGAGAAUUGAGAAUUCGUUUUCAUUGCAAAUGGAAAACCAAGUGGUGCUAUUGCAGACAUCUGACCUUAUGAAAUUUCCGAAUCAUCAUAAGGAAGUUAAUAGAAAAAUUAGAAAUGAAUCGGAAGAUGAAGGAGUUCACAGUGUAGAUGAGGAGGAACUAUGCUACCUACCUCAGCAUACACUAUUAAAAGCUGUAAGUAAAAUCAGUUUAUAACAUUUCCCUAUAAUUAUGUCUAAAAUAUAAUAAGCAUUUAAACAAUACAUAAAUGGGCAGUAUACUGUAUACUGUAA